GAGCGGAGCGGGGGGGCGGGCCGAGGGGAGGCCGUGGUCGCGCGGUGCGAUCGUAACGCUGCGGCUGGUGCGGUGCGCGGAGCGGCCAUGCCUGUGGAGCUGGGGCUGUGGGACGGGCCGCUGAGCCUCAGCGAGGUGGAGCAGAAACCCGCGCACCCGCUGCGCGUCAAGUAUGGCUCCGUGGAGGUAGACGAGCUGGGCAAGGUGCUCACGCCCACUCAGGUGCAGCACCGGCCCACCAGCAUCGAGUGGGAUGGCUGCGACCCCCAGAAGCUCUACACCCUGGUGCUCACCGACCCCGACGCGCCCAGUAGGACGGAUCCGAAGUUCAGGGAAUGGCAUCACUUCUUGGUGACCAACAUGAAAGGUAACGAUGUGGGGAGCGGGACCGUGCUGUCAGACUACGUGGGCUCGGGGCCCCCCAAAGGAACAGGGCUGCACCGCUACGUGUGGCUGGUGUACGAGCAGCCGAAGGAGCUGACCUGCAACGAGCCCAUCCUGUCCAAUCGCUCCGGCGACAAUCGAGGGAAGUUCAAGGUGGCAGCUUUCCGCAGCAAGUAUAAGCUGGGGGUGCCGGUGGCUGGCACUUGCUACCAGGCAGAGUGGGAUGACUACAUGCCGAAACUCUACAAGCAGCUGUCCGGGAAGUAGGGAGAAGAGACCUGACCAAGCACUGUGCUGCAUUCUCCGUUCCCCUGGAGUCCUAUCUCGUCUAAGCACUUCUCUAUAGUUUUGUUUGCCUCGUGAGUUGAGAACCCAGCUACUCCUGCACUGACAGCUUGAGCUGUAACUUGAACCAUAACCCCUUCGCUCUCUGUGAAGUGAAUCUGCUUUGGUGUCAGGGCGGUACGGCCAUGCAUUGUGCUUCAGCUGACUCCUGUAGGUACAGGCUAUAGCUAGCUAAACAAGCUUCUGAAAAGCUGGCAUUGCGAGAGCUGCCCCCACGGCUGACCUGCUGAAGGGAAGUCUAAGCCUUCGUGACUCAGUGCCACUUCAGAGUGUCUCUUCCGUGUUAAAACAGCGUUAUGCAGCAGUGGUGUGGGUAGAGAACCACUUCUGGCUGUGGAGCCUUCUCUUUCCAGGAGGGGAGAAGGCAGCAGUCUAUAAGGGAAGCUGUUUUUUUCCUCUCCUGCAAGUAUUUGGCUGGUGCCUCCGCUAAAGUGAACCGCGAGUAGAAUGAGGCAGGGCAGCUGGUUUAUACUUUACUUUGUGAUCUCUAUUGCCACUCAGAGCUGAGAGGCUUCGUUUUGUUCAACUUCUGUUGCGACCUGGUGUUUGCUCACAGUGCAAUUAAACACUCUGCAAGGUGGA